GGGAGCGCUGGGUGCGAGGCUACGGAGUGGAAGCCGUAUGCGCAUGUCGGUCUUUACCGCACGGUCUCUUUCUGUCGUGGCACCUGGAGCUUGAGACAGAGUACUAGCAUCGCCUAAAACAAAACAAAAUGGGCAAGGAAAAGAUUCACAUUAACAUUGUCGUCAUUGGACAUGUCGACUCUGGCAAAUCCACCACCACUGGUCACUUGAUCUACAAAUGUGGCGGUAUCGACAAGCGUACCAUCGAGAAGUUCGAGAAGGAAGCCCAGGAGAUGGGCAAGGGCUCCUUCAAGUACGCCUGGGUAUUGGACAAGCUGAAGGCCGAACGUGAGCGUGGUAUCACCAUCGAUAUCGCUCUCUGGAAGUUCGAGACCGCCAAGUACUAUGUCACGAUCAUUGACGCCCCGGGACACAGAGAUUUCAUCAAGAACAUGAUCACUGGUACGUCGCAGGCUGACUGCGCGGUACUCAUUGUCGCCGCCGGUACUGGUGAGUUCGAGGCUGGUAUCUCGAAGAACGGACAGACCCGCGAGCACGCCCUGCUCGCCUUCACCCUCGGCGUGAAACAGCUGAUCGUCGGUGUCAACAAGAUGGACUCGACCGAGCCUCCGUACUCGGAGUCUCGUUUCGAGGAAAUCAAGAAGGAAGUAUCGUCGUACAUCAAGAAGAUCGGUUACAACCCGGCUGCGGUCGCGUUCGUGCCGAUCUCGGGUUGGCAUGGAGACAACAUGCUUGAGGUGUCCGCCAAGAUGCCUUGGUUCAAGGGAUGGACCGUGGAGCGCAAGGAAGGCAAGGGUGAAGGCAAAUGCCUCAUCGAAGCGCUCGACGCUAUCCUGCCACCCACCAGGCCAACCGACAAGGCUCUCCGUCUUCCCCUUCAGGAUGUCUACAAGAUUGGUGGUAUUGGAACGGUACCAGUCGGUCGAGUCGAGACUGGUGUACUGAAGCCUGGUAUGGUCGUUACUUUCGCUCCUGCUGGACUGACUACUGAAGUUAAGUCAGUGGAGAUGCAUCACGAGGCUCUUCAAGAAGCCGUGCCCGGUGACAACGUUGGCUUCAACGUCAAGAACGUGUCUGUUAAGGAGUUGCGUCGUGGAUACGUUGCUGGAGAUUCCAAGAACAAUCCACCCAAGGGUGCCGCUGACUUCACCGCGCAGGUCAUUGUUCUCAAUCAUCCCGGUCAAAUCAGCAACGGCUACACGCCCGUGUUGGAUUGUCACACCGCCCACAUCGCUUGCAAGUUCGCCGAGAUUAAGGAAAAGUGCGAUCGCCGUACCGGUAAGACGACCGAGGAGAACCCGAAGGCCAUCAAGUCCGGCGACGCCGCCAUCGUCACUCUGGUGCCUAGCAAGCCCAUGUGCGUUGAGGCGUUCCAGGAGUUCCCACCGCUGGGACGUUUCGCCGUCCGCGAUAUGCGUCAGACGGUAGCCGUCGGCGUCAUCAAGGCCGUCAACUUCAAGGAUGCCGCUGGCAAAGUCACCAAGGCCGCCGAGAAAGCCCAGAAGAAGAAAUAACUAUUGUAAUAGUUUCCGUGCAUACACCGAUAGUUUCCGUGCGAAUAUGCCACCGGGUGGGCACCGGCGUACACCAGCCGACGUAGCUCGCCCUCCCUCCUCGUGCGACGCGCGCGAGAUGCGCGCCGUGGCGUCGCUGUCGAAAUCGUUGGCGGAACUCGCCGUGCAGCUGCCGCAGGCUGUCGGGAACGAGAAAACUCUGAUCCAAUCGCGACGAUUGGCCGUAAGCGUGCACGGGGGGGUGGUGCAGCCACUGCGUCUCCUCGGCACGCGAAAGUUUCGCUUGUCGAAACGAUCGCUCCGUCACUUUUUCCAUCGUAAGGAGUUCCGCAGGAAAGGAAACUUCAGUCGGUAGAGAUGGCCGGUGGAGAUGUUGGGCGACGUCACGCGCGAUGUGGCUGCGUGUCGCGAGUAGCCGCGCGUCAGGAGGGAGAGCGGACUUCGCGCGAGCUAUCUGAUCUACUUCAUAACGAGUAACAUUAAACAUCGUAAUUUAGCGCGGUUUAAUUAUAUUUUCUAAUUACUAUACGGAAAUAAAUUCUGUAUCUCCGAUACUCGAAGAAAAAAGAAAGAAACAUGUCAAUAUUAUUACUAUUAUUAUUAUUAUUAUUCUCAUAACUCUGUCGGCAGUGGUUACCUCACCGGUGCCACGUGCCACCACGUUCGUCGCCCCUGUGAGACAACUUCUCAAUUUAUCGCUCUCGCAUCCACGAAUAUUUAGCAGCCUGCAUGCAAUCCGACCAGAGGUAUCAUGUGUAUCGCGGCGAUAUGUGCUCCGUAUCUUUUGUCUUCUCUGUAGCUUUUUUAUAUUAUAAUCGUUAAGACUAUAUAUUGAAUUCAGAAGAAGAGUAGAAUAUAUAGAGGAAGACAAAGAUAGGCCUUGACAAGCAAGCAAGCAAAAAAACAAAGUAGAUUUCGUUGUUGGGAGAUGGGACCUGUUUCCUCCGAUGAUUAUCAUUUUAUUAUCCAAUUAUUAGGUAAGACGCGGAUCGAAACCCUUGACACUUUUUCUACGAGAUAUUCCUUUUAUCGAACUAGCAACGAACAACGGGAUGAGUGCGCGGCACAAUAAAAUGACGAUCUUUGCAAAGACCUUUUUCUCUCCAGUUUUUUUUUUCUUUUUUUUUAUCCCGCGAUUCUUCUACAAACGACAUUGGUUGACAGUUUUCUGUACAUACGUGUGAAAGUACCAACGAUGACGAGGAAGAGCGAAAAUAAAGAAGCUACGGAAACAUGAA